GUGCCAGUCGCUGGCAGACCACCGCGGCUGCGGGCUCGCCUUUGCCGGGAGCAGGACGCCUGAAUAUAUUCCAAAACUGAACGAUUUGGGCAGAGUCGAAGCAUUCUGUCUUCCCAGAGGCCCCAGUCGAGGCCAGGACACUCAUCAUGGUGAAGGCUGGCUGCUGGCUGCUGGCUCUUUUUGUGGCCCUUUGGAUUGACACUGGCCUCUGCAAGACGCGAUCAAAAUCAGGAGGAGGGCGGAGCAGAGGGGGCAGCCGUUCCUCCUCCCACAGUGAGGGGACCUGGGGCCAGUCCCAUGGCGGUGAGUGGGGACAGACCCGUGGUGGUGGCGGGGGUCAUGGAGGUCGCACCUACAGUCAGUGGAACAAACCCAGCAAGCCCAAAACCAACAUGAAGCAUGAGGCAGGCGACACGGCAGCCAGGGCGGUGGUAAGGGGUCUGGGUGGCUACAUGCUGGGGAGGGCCAUGAGCAGGCCCCACGUGCGCUUCGGCAGUGACUAUGAGGACCUCUACUACCGCAAGAACAUGUACCGUUACCCCAACCGAGUGUCCUACAAGCCUGUGGAUCAGUACCGCAACCAGAACAGCUUUGUGCAGGACUGCGUCAAUGUCACAAUCAAGCGGCACACAGUCGCCACCAGCACUAAAGGGGAGAAUUUCUCCGAGACCGACGUGAAGAUCAUGGAGCGCGCGCUGCAGCAGAUGUGCACCACGCAGUACCAGGAGUCCCAGGCCUACUCCUACCACGCCGUGGCCGGCGUGGUGCUCUUCUCCCCACCAGAGAUCCUCAUCUCCUUCCUCAUUUUCCUGACAGUGGAAUAA